CCGGAGUUCUCCUGCCCCCUCCCCCGCCCAGCGCCGCCGUAGCACUUCGGUGCGUUGCACCGCGGGAAUCUGGGCAGUUCGGUUCGCUGCUAGGCGCCGGACCCCACCCGGUGGGCGACGGGAAGCGUGCUUGCGCCUGGGCCCUCGCCGCUGCACCGCGGGGAUCUGGGGAGGUACGGUGCCUGGCCUCUCGGUGCAUCGCUGCUCCGGGCGCCGCAGCCCGCAGCCGUCUGCCUUGCUCGGCCCUGCCCCUCCCCAGGGGCGCAGGCCGUCGGUGAUCGCCCACCGCCCAGCUCCGCGGAGCAGGGCUGCGGUGCGGCGUCCAGCGCGUUCCCGCAGCCGGCCCUCCGGCCUGCCUUCCCCGCAGGCAGCCCGCACCUUGGAGGGAGGGAGCAGUCUGUGCCGACACCGGCGCGGCCAGGCGGGGAGAUGAGCUUCUUCGGCUUCGGGCAGAGCGUGGAGGUGGAAAUCUUGUUGAAUGAUGCGGAGAGUAGGAAGCGAGCUGAGCACAAGACAGAGGACGGGAAGAAGGAGAAAUAUUUCCUCUUCUACGACGGGGAAACCGUCUCGGGGAAGGUGAGCUUAUCUCUGAAGAACCCCAACAAGCGACUAGAACACCAGGGCAUCAAGAUCGAGUUCAUUGGGCAGAUCGAACUCUACUAUGACCGUGGGAACCACCAUGAGUUUGUGUCUCUGGUGAAGGACUUGGCUCGGCCAGGAGAGAUUACCCAAUCACAGGCCUUCGACUUUGAGUUUACUCACGUGGAAAAGCCGUAUGAAUCCUACACAGGACAGAACGUGAAGCUACGCUAUUUCCUUCGAGCCACCAUCAGCCGCCGCCUCAACGACGUUGUCAAGGAGAUGGACAUUGUAGUUCACACACUUAGCACCUACCCUGAGCUGAACUCAUCCAUCAAGAUGGAAGUCGGGAUCGAGGACUGCCUGCACAUCGAAUUUGAGUAUAACAAAUCCAAGUGAGUAUCCUGAGCUCCAA